UUCUCGCCCAACCUGACCAAAGAAAAAAAAAACCCAGCUAGCCCAACCUGCAGACGACUUGCGAAAAUCAGAUUGCCAGAAGAUAAAGAAAACAGACACGCACAAAGACCAACGAACGACCGUUUCUCCUCCACAUUUGCAUCUUCCACCUCGAUCCGGGCAGUAGGCUUGAUCGACGCGAUCGAGUUCCCGAUCAGGGCAUGUCUCGGAAGCGCCAUGAUCUGGGGAGAGCGGACGGCAGCGGCGCCGGCAGGCACGGCAGCAGCAGCAGCAGCAGCAAGGCGUUCGUGUGGGACACGGGGAGCUCGCUGUACGACUCCUACGAGCUGGCCGCCGUGCGCCGGCUCCUCGACGGGCGCCUCCUCGCCGCCGGAGCCAGCGUCCUCCCUCUCCCCGACGAGCCGCCCGCCGCGGCAGAGCCGGGGGGCGAGAACAAGCAGAUCGUCGUGGCGGCCAGAGCCCGGAGCAGGAAGGUGACGCUGCGGGCGCUCUUCAGAGCCGUGGCCACCUGGGCGGCACGGCCGAGGCAGGCGCCGCUCGCCUGCGCCUGCGCUGGUAAGGUGCAUGGUCAGGGUGGUGCCGUGGUCGAGCCGGAUGUGCCGUCGCAUGGCCAACUUUGAUCGUCACUGUUGAAGCUGAUCGGUUUUGCAUUGGGGCAGGGAGAGGGAGCCGGGUCAGGCUACGGAUUUGUAUGUGAGCACUUGAACACUUUGGAGUUUGGACAGCUGUCUCAUGGAAAGUUGUGGCGGGACCGACUGAAUUUGCUUCUAGUACAGAAUUUUUGCUUCAGAAC